UAGCGGGGCGGGGCUCUGCGGAGCGGAGCGUAGAGGCGGCCAUGGCGGCGGGCAGCGCCAUCCAGAUCCCCAGCCGCCUGCCGCUGCUGCUCACCCAUGAAGGCGUCCUGCUGCCCGGCUCGACCAUGCGGACGAGCGUGGACUCGCCGCGCAACAUGCAGCUGGUGCGCAGCCGGCUGCUGAAGGGCACCUCGCUGCGCAGCACCAUCAUCGGCGUCAUCCCCAACACCAGCGACCCCACGUCCGACUGUGACGACCUGCCCUCGCUGCACAGGAUUGGCACUGCUGCUUUGGCAGUUCAGGUGGUUGGUAGCAACUGGCCCAAGCCACAUUAUACACUGCUGGUUACGGGCCUCUGCCGGUUCCAGAUACUGCAGCUGUUGAAGGAGAAGCCGUACCCUAUUGCAGAAGUUGAGCAAUUGGAUCGACUCGAGCAGUUUACAAAUCAGCAUAAGUCUGAGGAGGAACUUGGAGAGUUGUCAGAACAGUUCUACAAAUAUGCUGUGCAGUUGGUUGAGAUGCUGGAUAUGUCCGUUCCUGCAGUUGCAAAGCUGAGACGUCUUCUGGACAAUCUGCCUAGAGAAGCUUUGCCAGAUAUACUGACUUCAAUCAUCCGUACAUCCAACCAAGAGAAGCUUCAGAUCCUAGAUGCUGUUAGGCUGGAGGAAAGGUUCAAGAUGACUAUACCAUUGCUUGUUAGACAAAUCGAAGGACUGAAGCUUCUUCAGAAAACAAGAAAGCACAAACAGGAUGAUGAUAAAAGGGUUGUAGCCAUUCGUCCGAACAGAAGAAUCAAUCAUAUUCCAAGCACUGCAGAAGAUGAGGAGGAGGAGGAAGAUCAUGAUGAUGUUGUCAUCCUUGAAAAAAAGAUCAGAACUUCCAGUAUGUCAGAACAAGCUCUUAAAGUUUGUCUUAAGGAAAUAAAGAGGUUAAAGAAGAUGCCUCAGUCGAUGCCAGAAUAUGCUUUAACAAGAAAUUAUUUGGAACUUAUGGUAGAAUUGCCGUGGAACAAGAGUACGAAAGAUCGCCUUGAAAUUCGUGCAGCUCGAAUUCUUCUGGAUAAUGAUCAUUACGCUAUGGAGAAGUUGAAGAAAAGAGUUUUGGAGUACUUAGCUGUCAGGCAGCUAAAAAACAACCUCAAGGGACCCAUUCUUUGUUUUGUGGGACCCCCAGGAGUUGGCAAAACCAGCGUGGGGAGAUCAAUUGCAAAGACUUUGGGUCGAGAAUUCCACAGAAUUGCUUUAGGAGGUGUCUGCGAUCAAUCUGAUAUCCGAGGCCAUAGGCGCACCUACGUUGGCAGCAUGCCUGGCAGAAUAAUCAAUGGACUGAAGACUGUUGGGGUUAAUAAUCCAGUGUUCCUUUUAGAUGAGGUUGAUAAACUGGGGAAGAGCUUGCAGGGAGAUCCUGCAGCAGCCUUACUAGAGGUCCUGGAUCCGGAGCAAAACCACAGUUUCACUGAUCACUACUUAAAUGUAGCCUUUGAUCUGUCCCAAGUCCUUUUUAUAGCUACAGCCAAUACUACAGCAACUAUCCCACCUGCUCUGCUUGACAGGAUGGAAGUCAUUCAAGUUCCAGGAUAUACACAGGAAGAAAAAAUUGAAAUUGCUCAUAGACACUUGAUUCCUAAACAGCUUGAACAACAUGGCCUUACUCCGCAGCAGAUACAGAUUCCACAAGUAACCACCUUAGACAUAAUUACGAGGUACACUAGAGAGGCAGGAGUCCGCUCUCUGGAUCGAAAGCUGGGGGCUAUUUGCAGAGCAGUGGCAGUGAAAGUGGCAGAAGGGCAACACAAAGAAACAAAGCCUGAUCGUUCUGAGCUGGGUGAAGGAGAAGAUUGCAAAGAACAUGUCACAGAAGACGCAAAAUCAGAAUCCAUCAGUGACACGGCUGACCUGGCUCUGCCACCUGAAAUGCCAAUUUUAAUUGAUUUCCAUGCUUUAAAAGACAUCCUGGGGCCACCCAUGUAUGAAAUGGAGGUAUCGGAACGCUUAAGUCAGCCAGGAGUAGCCAUAGGCUUGGCUUGGACUCCGCUGGGAGGUGAGAUCAUGUUUGUGGAAGCCAGCCGAAUGGAUGGGGAAGGCCAGCUCACUUUGACUGGUCAGCUGGGAGAUGUCAUGAAGGAGUCAGCGCAUCUUGCAAUCAGCUGGUUGCGCAGCAAUGCAAAGAGAUACCAGCUCACUAAUGCUUCUGGAAGUUUUGAUCUCCUUGACAACACUGACAUCCAUCUGCACUUCCCAGCUGGAGCUGUCACAAAAGAUGGACCAUCUGCUGGUGUUACCAUAGUAACCUGCCUUGCUUCCCUCUUCAGUGGGCGGCUGGUGUGCUCAGAUGUAGCCAUGACAGGAGAAAUUACACUAAGAGGCCUUGUUCUUCCAGUUGGAGGAAUUAAAGACAAAGUGCUGGCAGCACACCGAGCUGGACUGAAGAGAAUUAUCAUUCCUCAAAGAAAUGAAAAAGAUCUUGAAGAAAUUGCACUGAAUGUACGGCAAGAUUUGACUUUUGUUAUGGCAAGCUGUCUGGAUGAAGUUCUUAAUGCAGCUUUUGACGGAGGAUUUUCAGUUAAGCCCAGAGUUGAGCGUUUGAAUAGUAAACUUUAACUUCUACAGCAACUUCAGAAGAAAAAGGAGUUGCUCUGAAGAAAAGAUAAGCAAUGAGUUUCUGACACACUGCUCCAACUCAUGUCUUGUCUACAUGGACUUUAUCUGAAAGGUGAGAGCUUUAAUGCCACUGUAGAAUACUUUUAGUCUGAGUUUACUUACAGCUUUUCAAUUUCCCACUUCAGAGCGACUUAAUUAUGUUACUUUGAUUUUUUUUAAAUUCAAAUAGAAGUAUUAUCCAUUAUAGUAGAUAUUAUAGUUAAAUGUUUUUGGCUUUUGCUGAGCGCUCUUGAGCAUAGCCAUCUGUGCAGCAGCAAGCCAAAAUAAUAAAGAUCUUUUAAAGUAAAGUAAUUUCAGUACACUAGAGGUUAUCCUGCAUUGCAACUGACAGUUAAACAGACAUGGUAAUAAAGAUGAGUGUGUCCUGAGACUAUAUUGUAAAAUAACUAACUUUAUCCAAAGCUAAAAAGCAGCACUGGUAGCUCCUUUCCUCUGUCCACAGUCCACAAUGUAAAUUGCUACAGAUAAAACUGUCUCACUAAUGCAAUUCAUGCUUUUAAUCACAGUAACUUUGAAAACAUACUGAAUAAUACAAUGGCAUAGGUAGCAAUACAGAACAGUUAAUCUGCUUAAUCUGUUUCAAUUUUAAAACAAAUUCGCAAAUGUGAACUAAUGAGAAAUACCAAAUAUUAACAUCCAUAUUUGUCAAACAUUUUCCUUUUAAGGCUUUCUUUUUCUUUUCCCAAAGGCAAUGAAAAACAACAGAGGUAGUAGUACUAGGGGACAAAUGCAAGAUCUACUGCAUUUCAUUUAAUCAAGACAAAUGUGAGUACUAUUUCUCCAUAUAGUAAAGUACUUUCUAAAAUAAACAGCUAGUGCUAAAACACUGCCCAGCUUUAAUACACCAUUUAUUUUAGAUAAGGUAGUAAACUGUACAGAUUUAUAAUAUGUUUUCAUUUUUCAUAUAUAACAGAGCACGGUUUUAUUUUCCAGAUCCUCAAACUACUAACAGGAGAGAUGUACUGGCUUAUGCUUCCACUACUUUUGAGGAUCUAGGCCUAAGUGUAAUUUGCUUAAUCAUUCCAUCAGAUGAUGGACAUCAAAUUUUUAUACAGGUUGUUUUUUGUUUUCAACCAAAUGGAACACUAGUUUACAGGAAGUCAGUACACAUUAUUUAUGCUAUAGUAUUUGUCAUCUGUAAAGCAUGACUAAAAAAAUCUGACUGUUACAAACACUAUUUUUAGUCCCCUUCAGAAGUGUGUUCUUGAUUUCCAGCCUAAUAGAAAUCACCAUAGAACAGUGCAAGAAGGCUCAAAGUUCUUUUGGGUAACACGAAUACAAGCAGCAGCAAUCUUGCUAACUGAUGCACUUACACAGCCCUGUGAUGCUCAAGUUGCGAGUACCAGACUGCUCAGGGUGACCCUAGCAGGCUCUUAGCUAGAUUUCCUUUCAAAACCUGAGCUCAAAAGCAGAUAACAUGAGCACAUGACCUUCACUCCAAGCCAGCCAAUGGGGGGAAGUGGGUCCAUGCCUAUAAAAAUAAUUUGCAUAUUUAGCCAAGUUUCAGUCAGUAGACCAAAAGACAAAACUCAGGUAAAUGUAGGCACAUUUAAUCAGGUGAGUACUGAAUUCUGAAGACUGCACACAAUUUGUUGUGUACUUGUAAGGAAAUGCUAGACUGAAGGAUUAUCUCCUUCUCAAACAUUUAUCUAUUGCCACAGGAUACCCAUACAUCUUGUACAUUAAAUCUGUGCACAAUUCCAACAGCCUAAACCUAAUUCUAAUAAGUAAAACUUUCCUUCAUUAUAUGACAACAACUGCUUCUGUAUUAUUUUAUGAAUCCGACUUCCAACUUGAUAGGCUUUAUGUUCCUUACCUGUAGAAUUACUUACCUCAUCAUGCAUCAAAAUAAUAUGAACAAGAGUUGUCUUAAUACAUCUAUUUCUGAUAAGAAAGUUAAAGACAGUGCACAGUAAAUAAACCGUAUUUUAAUGUGUUACAAAAGGAAUUAAUAGUCAGGCUACCUCUCCAAACAGAUGUCCAAUACUACUACGUUUGACAAAGAUUUCCUUUAAAUAGCUUGAGAUGAAACAGCUUUUCACGUUAUCCUUUUUUCUUUCUAUGCAUCUGUUUUGUAACACAAAUACCAUAUACAUUCAUGGUUAAUUUUUUUCACAUAGAGGCAGUCUGCACAAAGCCCAUAUCUUACAAAAGCUGUUACGGCUGGUGAAUCAUAUCUGUAAGAGAUUACUUGCAUUUGACUGUGUAUCAUAUCACCAAAAUAAUAUACAAAAAUCAGUUCAAGAAAAUUACUUCAGUAACAACCGAGAGACAGGAGGACAAGAAAGUGAGCAAGAGUAGUAGUGUGUCAAACUUUGAGCUAAAGCACAAAGAAAAAAAUUGUUUUUAAAUUUGCCAGGUAUUCUCUUAAUGAGAAAUGUAAGAAGACUGAAAACAUCUCAUUCUGUCUGCCCUUUCUUUGUUUUUUUUUUUGGUGUUUGUUGUUAAACAAAUGGCCUGUUGUAUAGUUACAAACACUGUGAAAGACAAUACCUUCUUUGUACCAACAAACCAACAAACAGAAGGAUGCAAGAGAAUUUCUAAGUAUCUCUAAAUUUGAAACGUGAUUUUUUUUAAAUGCUGAAAAAUCUUUGUAAUUCAUUUUUGUUAGAUCAUAACUCAAAGUACAACAACAUCUAGAGCUGUUUUUAAAGGAGCUUUCUUUCCUGAUGCAUCUUUGAACAUAAUUACUCCUUUCAAGUUCAGUACAUUCACAAAAUAGCUCAAUUAAGAACAGUAUCACCAAUUAAUUGACUACUGAAAAGAGACAAAAUUUACCAAACAUACAGAAAUAUUAAUUUUACCAUAGCAAUUAUGCAUAUCGAAAGAUGACACCUGUAUUUAAUUUUUUAAAGAUACAAAAAAAAAAAAGAGAAAACCUGAAUUACAGAAAAGAAAGUCAUAUUUAUUUAAUGAAAAACUAGAAGUUAAUAAAAAUUAGCAAAUACACAAAAAAUAUACACAAACAGCAGCAAUACUAUGUAGUGACUUACAAAGGAGGGGGGAAGGAGGGGCGCGGGAAGCAGCGGCCAAAGCCCAAACCGCUCAACAUGGCUUGUCAGUCAAAGGGGGAGGAAAAGAACACAAACAAAAA